CAUUCUCCCCACUUCCCCCUCUAAAGACUUCAAUUUCAACGCGCAGCGCCAUCGCUCUCCUUCUCCUUCUCCUUCUCCUUCGCUCUCUCUCUCUCUCUCUCUCUCUCUCGUUUUCUCGGUGAAAAAGCUAGAAAGAAGCGAAAUUCAGCUGCAUUUCUGUUUAUCUUCGUCGUCAAGAAGCAAGCUAGAGAGGCGUGUUUCGUCUGGUACGGUUUCUUUGCUUCUAAGCUAUGGCUGCCGCCGCUGGCUUCGGGAGCAAUACCUACAGGAAUGCCGCUCACCGGAGCUCUCUCAAGGCGGACAACAAGAGUCUAGCUGCCAAUCAGAGUUUCAAAUCCUCCCCCUCCUCCUCCUCCUCCUCCUCCUCGUCUUUUAAGUCGAGGAGUCUGCAACCUCGGAAGAGUAGCCCUGCGGCCUUGGGAGGCGCGAAUGGAGUUGCCAGGGACGGCGGCGGAGUUCCCGGAAGAGUUCGGGUAGCUGUGAGGUUGCGACCUUGUAAUGCUGAGGAAUUGGCUGCUGAUGCAGAUUUUGCUGAUUGUGUGGAAUUACAGCCUGAGCUGAAAAGGUUGAAACUGCGGAAGAAUAACUGGGAUACAGACACCUAUGCGUUUGAUGAAAUUUUCACCGAGUUCGCGUCACAAAAACGCGUGUAUGAGGUUGUGGCAAAGCCUGUUGUGGAGAGUGUUCUCGAAGGCUAUAAUGGAACAGUUAUGGCGUAUGGGCAGACUGGAACUGGUAAAACCUAUACUCUUGGGAAACUUGGAGAGGAGGACACAGCUGCUCGUGGGAUCAUGGUUCGUGCUAUGGAAGAUAUACUGGGAGAUAUCUCUUUGGAGACUGAUUCCGUGUCUGUCUCCUAUCUGCAGCUCUAUAUGGAGACUAUACAAGACCUCCUCGAUCCUUCUAAUGAUAACAUCUCUAUAGUAGAAGAUCCCAAAACUGGAGAUGUUUCACUACCAGGAGCUAGCUUAGUUGAAGUAAGAGACCAACAAAGUUUUCUGGAGCUAUUACAAUUAGGGGAAGCCCAUCGCUUUGCUGCUAACACCAAAUUGAAUACUGAAUCAUCGCGCAGUCAUGCCAUUCUAAUGGUAAAUGUAAAAAGAUAUGUGAAGGAAAAGGAUCCCGUUCAAUCAAUGGAAAAUGGUAGCAACUCCCAUUUGGCUAGAACUUUUAAAGCUCCUGUUGUUCGGAAGGGGAAGCUAGUUGUGGUAGAUCUUGCUGGCUCAGAGCGUAUUGACAAGUCAGUUUUGCAUGUGGCAGGAAGUGAAGGUCAUACACUUGAGGAAGCCAAAUCGAUCAAUCUCUCCUUGAGUGCACUAGGGAAAUGCAUUAAUGCUCUGGCAGAAAAUAGUGCACACAUUCCAGUUCGUGAUUCAAAGCUCACAAGAUUGCUCCGAGAUUCUUUUGGAGGUACUGCAAGGACUUCUUUGGUGAUUACUAUCGGCCCAUCCCCACGUCAUCGAGGGGAGACAAUGAGCACCAUAAUGUUUGGACAAAGAGCUAUGAAGGUGGAGAACAUGUUGAAGCUAAAGGAAGAGUUUGAUUACAAAAGUUUGUCUAGAAAGCUAGAGCUACAAUUAGACAAGCUCAUUGCUGAACAUGAAAGGCAGCAGAAAGCAUUCGAUGAUGAAAUUGAAAGGAUACAUGCAGAAUCGGAGAUGCAAAUAGCUGAGUCCGAGAGACAGUAUGCAGAUGCCCUAGAGAGGGAAAGAAUGAAAUAUCAGAAAGAGUACAUGGAAUCAAUAAAGAAGAUUGAGGAGCAGUUGGUGGGAGAUCAACGAAAGCAUGAUAGUGAUAGUGCUACUGUUGCACAGAAUGAUUACUACUCUAAUGGAGAGGUUUCCUCAAUCUCAGCUCUCAAGGAAGUUGCUGAUCUGAAGAAACUGCUUGAGAAGGAAACUCUUCUCAAAAAGGCUGCGGAAGAGGAGCUUAGUAACCAUAAGAGGCAAUUAUAUCAAUCAAAGUUAAUGGAGGCUUCAGCAACUUCUGAAAUUUUAAAGCUUCGCAAGUUGCUCGAAGAUGAGUCAAGGCAGAAAGACAAGCUUGAAGGAGAAAUUUCAUUAUUGCAAAGUCAGCUAUUGCAGCUAAGUUUGGAUGCUGAUGAGAGAAGGAGACGACUAGACAGAGCUGGAUCAGGGAAUGAUUCCAAUGAUUUAGACUGUCUCAUGGCCCAAGUGAAGAAUCCUCAGCUCAGUGAUUCCGAAAAUGGCGAGAAAGCCUCAGUAGCCAAACUCUUUGAACAAGUGGGGUUGCACAAGAUCUUGUCCUUGUUAGAAGCAGAUGAUGUUGAUGUCCGCAUUCAUGCUGUCAAGGUGGUAGCAAAUCUAGCUGCUGAAGAAGCUAAUCAGCAGAAGAUUGUGGAAGCUGGUGGUCUUAUGUCCUUGUUGAAUCUGCUUAGGAGCUCAGAUGAUGAGACCAUACAUAGAGUUGCAGCUGGUGCAAUUGCUAAUCUGGCAAUGAAUGAAACCAACCAAGAGCUGAUAAUGGCUCAAGGGGGAAUCCGCUUGUUGUCAACAACAGCCACUAAUGCUGGGGAUCCUCAAACUCUUAGAAUGGUUGCUGGAGCUAUUGCUAACCUUUGUGGAAAUGACAAGUUGCAAACUAUGCUAAGGGGUGAAGGUGGCAUCAAGGCAUUACUGGGGAUGGUUCAUUGUGGGCAUCCUGACGUUCUCGCACAAGUUGCUCGUGGAAUUGCCAAUUUUGCAAAAUGCGAGUCAAGAGCAUCUGCUCAAGGCACAAAGACUGGAAGGUCUCUCCUGAUAGAAGACGGUGCACUACCAUGGAUUGUGCAAAGUGCUAAUAGUGAAGCCUCUGCUAUCAGGCGUCAUAUUGAGCUUGCUCUCUGCCACUUAGCACAGCAUGAAGUGAAUGCAAAGGACAUGAUUAGUGGAGGUGCUUUAUGGGAACUGGUUCGCAUCUCGCGGGACUGUUCACGUGAAGAUAUAAGGACCCUCGCCCAUAGAUCACUAGCAUCCAGCUCUACUUUCAAAGCUGAACUGCGGCGAUUAAGGAUGGAUUAUUAACAUAAUUGUUGGACUGAUUCAUUGAAGUAGAGAGAGAGAGAGAGAGAGAGAGAAGAUUAUCAGCUUAAACUAAUUCAAGUGGAAGGAUUGAGAUCACAUGAUAGGGGCUACGUGCAGCUCU